AUGUGCUGUAUCAAUCAAUUCUCUGCAUCCACCAGCCUUGAUCUGGGUGCCAUUUAUGGACCAGACGCAAGCAGAGAUCAUGCGGCCGAAAACUGCAAGCUUUCCGGUCGGGAUUCGGCAGUGAUCGACUAUGAAGAUCCAUCCUCAUGGACUGGUGUCGAACAUGGGCGGUCGGCUCGAUGCUUAAUCCCAAAUUUCGACCAAUCACGGUCCUCCAUUCCUGAUGGUGAUGAUGCGUCGACAGCAGCGCAUCCUCUGGCGGAACGAGAACCACUGUUUACGCAGGCAAGCUGA